AUGACGGAGAGAGGCUGUCACAUCAACAUUGCAUUGACAGAAGAUGUCGGCACCAGCGGGAUGGCGAAGGUGGUCACAGCCGUGGACCAGAAGAAGCUGCCGUAUGGCUCCACCGUGAGCUUCCACAACAUCCAGUACAAACUUCAGCAUAGGAGUGGCUUCUUAAGGAAAACCAGUCACAGAGAAAUACUGUUCAACCUCAAUGGGAUUAUGAGACCUGGCCUCAACGCUAUUCUUGGACCUACUGGAAGUGGAAAGUCUUCAUUCUUGGAUAUUCUGGCUGCGAGAAAGGAUCCUUCAGGUCUCCUGGGAGAAGUACUCAUUGACAAAGCACCACAGCCUCCAAACUUCAAGUGUCUCUCUGGCUAUGUGGUUCAGGAAGAUGUGGUAAUGGGCACCCUGACUGUGAGGGAGAAUCUGUGUUUUUCUGCGGCACUGCGGCUGCCCAGUUCUGUGCAGCAGAGUGAGAAGGAGGCUCGAGUCAAUCACCUCAUUAGCGAACUGGGUCUCACCAAAGUGGCUGACUCCAAGGUGGGCACACAGAUGACACGGGGGAUCUCGGGAGGAGAAAAGAGGAGGACAAGCAUCGGCAUGGAGCUGAUUAUGGAUCCCUCAGUUCUCUUUCUGGAUGAACCGACCACAGGACUGGACGCCAGCACCGCUAACUCUGUCUUGCUGUUGCUGAAAAGAAUGGCCAGUCAUGGAAGAACAAUAGUUAUGUCCAUCCACCAACCCCGAUACUCCAUCUUCAAACUGUUUGACACUCUGACUCUGCUGGUUGGUGGUAAAAUGGUUUACCAUGGCCCUGCGCCAAACGCUUUGGACUAUUUCACCAACAUCGGCUACCUCUGUGAGCCCCACAACAACCCGGCUGACUUCUUUAUGGAUGUUAUUAAUGGAGACUCCACCGCCACAACCAUGACCAAAGGCAAUGGCUCUGAAGAUUUGGACAUUGAUGAGCUCAUCAGUUCCAGGCAGAGCAUCCAGAAGAACCUGGUGGAGGAGUACAGGAACAGCAGCUACUCCUUCGACACAAGAGCUGAGCUGGAGAGUAUCAUCCAGGAAAAGAAGUGCAUCUCAUAUGCAACAUCCCGCACCGUCACCUACAACAGCUCCUUCUUCCACCAGCUGCGUUGGGUUCUCACGAGAAUCUUCCAGAGCCUCAAGCUGAACCCUCUGACGUCUGUGGCCCAGGUGGGGGUCAGCAUUUUCCUCGCCCUCGUUGUUGGAGUCAUUUUCUUCGGGGUCAAAGAUGAUCAGAGCGGUAUGCAGAACAGGAUGGGUGUCCUCUUCUUCAUCACAGUCAACCAGUGUUUCAGCACUGUGUCUGCAGCUGAGCUCUUCAUCACCGAGAGGAAACUGUUUGUGCAUGAGUACAUCAGUGGCUACUACAGAGUGUCUGUCUACUUCCUCUCUAAGAUCCUGUCUGAAAUCACUCUGAUCACCAUCACCUCUGUUAUCUUCAGCUGUAUUGCCUACUUAAUGAUUGGGCUCAAAUCCACAGCUGCACCCUUUUUCAUCUUCACGCUGACCGUGACUCUGGUGGGUUACACAGCCAUAGCCUUGACCAUGGCCAUCUCAGCUGACCAGAACAUCGUGACUCUCGCCAACAUCUACAUAACCAUCACCUUUGUCUUCAUGAUGAUUUUCUCAGGUCUCCUGGUGAACUUACCCAGGAUGAGUUACUGGCUGGCUUGGUUGCGGUACUUUAGCAUUCCUCGCUACGGCUUAGCAGCCUUGCAGGCCAGUGAGUUUGUGGGUUUGAAGUUUUGUGACGAGGCUGUGAUCCGAAACACAAACCGCAAUGUGAGCACAGUCGGCCUGAUAUGUACAGGAGAGCAGUAUCUGGACUACCUGGGAAUAGAGCACACCACCUGGGGACUGUGGGAGAAUCAUGUGGCUCUGAUCGUUAUGACAUUCAUAUUCCUCAUCAUCACCUAUCUGAAACUCCGCUACAUCAAGAAAUUCACUUAAAUGUGUGAUUAUGCAUCUUUUAUAUUUGUCUUCAAUGAACAAGGCCAAUAGCUGUUCGCCAAGAACUUCA